AUGGAUGCUCUUAUAUGGAAUAUAAGGUCAGUAAAUACCCAGCAAGCCUUUGAGAGGCAAAUCAAAAUGCAUAGGAAACAUCAUUAUGAAUUUAUAGGAUUAAUGGAGCCAAAGCAACAUGCUAGAAAACUGGAGAGAUAUAGAACUAAAAUUAGUUUUGCACAGGCAAUCCCAAAUGUGUCAAACAAGAUUUGGGCCUUCAUAGAUGAGGUGUUUGAGGUUACUGUGAUGUGGAGAUUUAAUGUCAUAUGGGAUGAAGAAGAAAAGUUUGGUGGACUGACAGUGUCAUUGAAUGAAAUUGGUGAUUUUCGACACUGCAUUAAUACCUGUAACUUAACUGAUCUUGGUUUCAAAGGGAGUAUCUUUACUUGGUGGAAUGGGAGAGCAGAAGAGGACAGAAUUGAAGUACCUCAUCUGUCAAAGAUAGGCUCAGAUUACAGUCCAAUGCAAUUGAAGUGUGAUAUAGAGGCUGCUCCAGUGAAGAAACCUUUUAGGUUCCUUAAUUUUUGGGUUAAACGUGAAUCCUUCAAAAAUAUGAUAGCCAGCAUGGAAGAGGUAGUUAUGGUUCAUGAGGCUGAGUUUGAAGAUAAUCCUACAAAGAUGAACAGAGAAAGGCUUCAAAGAGUGCAGGCAGAGUUGAUCAAAUUUCUAGCUUUGGAGGAAAAAAAUUGGAAACAGAAGGCAUGGAUGACUUGGUUCAAAGAUGGUGACAGGAAUACCAAAUUCUUUCAUGCUCAAGUCAAAGGUCGAAGGAAGAGGCUACAACUCAAUAGAAUUCAAAACAGUCUAGGCAAUUGGAUUGAGGAAGAUGAGGAGAUUGUUGAGGAAGCAGUGAAGUUCUAUGAAGAUCAAAAUAGAGAAACCACAGUGCCUACCUCAUUUGACAUUAUAAACCAUGUGCCUACACUGAUCAAUGUUGAGCAGAAUUCAGACUUAGUGAAGCAGCCAACUAAAGAUGAGGUUAAAAAUGCAGUGUUUGGUUUGAAUAUAGAUAGUGUAGGAGGUCCAGAUGGAUAUACAGAUAGUUUUAUCAAUCUUGCUGGGACAUAA